ACCAACAACAAACACAUGUGAAAGGGUAAACUGUACUUUGAAGUUUGUCCGGUUUUGAAAUUGUUCCGUUAUGGCUGACAUGCCGGAAAAGAGUGUGUUAUCGAUCCAGAGUACUGUAGUUUUUGGAUAUGUCGGAAAUAAAAGUGCCGCUUUUCCUUUGCAGGUCUUAGGAUUUGAUGUCAGCACUAUCAAUUCAGUGCAGUUUUCCAAUCACACAGGUUACAAAUGUUUUAAGGGACAGGUGCUGAAUAGUGAUGACUUAGCAUGCUUGUUUGAUGGUUUGAAAGAAAACAACAUCAGCUCAUUUUCACAUAUACUAACAGGGUACAUAGGGUCCAAAUCAUUCCUAGAAAAAGUAGCAGACAUUGUGGUAGAUUUAAAGACAAGUAACCCGUCUCUCCUGUAUGUGUGUGAUCCUGUAAUGGGGGAUCAUGGUAAAAUGUAUGUCCCUGAGGAGUUACUUCCAGUUUACAUUGAGAAAAUUUUACCCAUAGCUGACAUAGUUACACCAAACCAGUUUGAGGCUGAAAAACUAACUGGAGUAGAAAUUAGCAAUGUAGAGGAUGCCAUUAAAGCAAUGCAGAUUCUACACAGCAAAGGGCCAAAGACUGUGGUCAUUAGCAGUAGUGAGUUUGCUACUGAUGGUACCAUUAUAUGCCUGGCUAGCACAGUGACCAAUGGUUGCAAAGAAGUAUAUAAAGUACAAUUUGAAAAGGUACCUGCCAUUUUUGUUGGGACUGGGGACUUAUUUGCUGCUUGCCUGCUGGCAUGGUUGGAAAAAGACAAAAAUCUAAAGCUGGCUCUUGAGAAAACCAUUUCAACCCUUCAAAAUGUCAUCAAACGAACACUGGACAGGGCUAGAGUUCUUGCAGGAGAAGGAAAUGCACCUACUCCAGCUCAGAUGGAAUUACAACUGGUACAGAGUAAAGCGGUCAUAGAAAACCCACCCCUUAGUCACACUGCAGCAGUGUUAUAACUAAUGUACAUUUUAGGUAACUAGUCAUCCCUCAAGUACCAAGGACAACCAUUGGGCAUUCAGUGACACCAAUUACUUACACUAUAUCUAUUUUGUGUGAUAUUUGUACAUGUGUAAAUGUAUCUGUUGAUCAUUUUAUUUUUAUUUCAUGAGGCAUGUGUGGUAUAGAAUUGUAUUUUUGACCAAAGACAGUUUGACUAUUGUUUGUUUAUUAACAGCUUGAAUACUCAAGGCAAAACAAGUGUUGGAAUGAGUUAUUAGCAGAUUAUGUUCAUUUAUAUGAUUUGAUACAUGUAUUAGGGUUUAUUGAAUUUUAUUUGGGAAUUGAGACCUUGUGAGCUUUGUGAUCAAAUGAAUUAUUUAUUUAUCAGAUAUUCACAUAUUAAUUAUUGUGUUGCUUCAAAUGAAAUUAUGAAGGAAGAUUUCAUGAAUUACAUGUGAAUAUUACAGUAUUUUAAAUAAUUAAAAUUUUAAAUAGCACUUGUAUGUUUAAAAAAAAAAGUGUUUAUUGUGUUCUCCAUAUUCUGUAGGUUCUAUAUAAACUUUAAAAACACGAUGAAGAAAUGAUAAUAUAGGUAAAAAUAAAGAUUAACAAAUUUUCACAGUUUAAAGGGUUACACCAUUUUAAAUUUUAUCUCCUCUACAAAGGGAAAAGAAAAAACCCCACCUGUACAGGGUUUUGCUUUUAACUAACAAAGCAGGGUAUGCAUAUACAUUGUAUAUAUUUUUUUUUAUAAUUUGUUGAAAUAAAUUUUGUCUAUGAACAAUUUUUGUCAUCCUACAGAAAAAGAAUAUUAUCC